AUGGCCAAUACCGGAAAAGGCACGUUUCAACCUGAUUCGGACGUCCACAUAUCAUAUGAAGAUCAACAAAAAAUUAACAAAUUUGCUAGGCUUAACGCCAAAGUUGACGAUAUAAAGGAUGAGCUUAAAGUAAAGCAAAACGAUAUGAAAAAUUUAGAAGAAGCAGUGGAGGAAUUGGGACUGGCGGAUGACACAGAUAAAAUUCCUUACUUAAUUGGUGAGGUGUUUGUAUGCCAAACUGUGGAAGAUACUUUGAAAUCAUUAGAAAAAACAAAAUUAAAAAAAGAGAAUGAAAUAAGUGAGUUGGAAGCACAGUGUGAAGCUCUAAGAUCUCAGAUGAGCGAUUUGAAAGCCCACCUAUAUGGGAAAUUUGGCAGCCACAUUAAUCUGGAAAAUGACGAAGAA